UUCGGGCUCCUCUCCAGCUGGAUCUAUCUGCGCUUCUACCAGCGGCACAGUAGGGGCCGUGGAGACAUGUCUGACCACUUCGCCUUUGCCACUUUCUUCCCCGAGAUUCUGCAGCCUGUGGUGGGUCUGGUGGCCAACCUGGUGCACAGUGUCCUGGUGAAGGUGAGGGUGUGCCGCAAGACGGUCAAGCGGUAUGACGUGGGUGCCCCGUCCUCCAUCACCAUCAGCCUGCCGGGGACAGACCCCCAGGAUGCCGAGAGGAGAAGGCAGCUGGCCCUGAAGGCCCUGAACGAGCGGCUGAAGCGCGUGGAGGACCAGUCGGCCUGGCCCAGCAUGGAGGAUGACGAGGAGGAGGCAGCGGCGGCAGCAAAGGCUGACAGCCCACUGCUGCCCGAGCCUGGUGCCGCCGGGAAGAGUGCCGGCCAGGAGUCCAACCUCAUCAGCUUCCAGGAUGAGAGAAGGGAAAAGGAGCAGAAAUUCUGA